UUCGUCUUCCUGAAUUUGAUAACCAUCUUCGUUCUUUGGUCAUCCGUGUGUGUGGGAAAUAUAGUAUGGAGGCAAGAGGACAGAGCUCGAUAGCAGCAGCUCGGUACACUCUACCAGCAACCCGAUUGUCAUCCGAAGACAUACUUUUCUGUAUCGAUGUUGAUCCUGAAUCCCUCAUUGAAAUGAAGAAUACCAGCGCCAGCGGAAGACCUUUCACCAGAUUAGAAUCAAUUAAGCAGGCUAUUCUUCUGUUUAUCAAUGCUAAGCUUGCUAUUAAUCCAGAUCAUCGAUUCGCCUAUUCUGCACUCGGCAAAACCCCCUUUUGGCUUAAGAAGGAGUUUAGCAGUGAAGUUGAGUCUGCAAUUGCUGCAUUUCGAGCCAUCACAGUUGACUCUUCAGCUGGUCAUGCGGAUCUCACGCAUCUCUUUAAAGUUGCAAAUCAUGAAGCUAAAAAAUCCCGUUCACAGAAUCGGUUACUCAGGGUGAUUCUAAUAUAUUGUAGAUCAUCAGUAGUGCCACAACACCAAUGGCCCACAAACCAAAAGCUGUUCACGUUUGAUGUGGUUUACCUACACGAUAAACCGGGAACCGAUAAUUGUCCGCAGAAGGUGUACGAUGGUCUGGUGGAUGCCCUUGAGCAGGAUGACAUUGAUAUUCCUAAAUCUCUUACCAAGAAGUCACCCGCACCGGAUUCUGCCACCCCUACCCCUGCUGCUGCUGCUGUUGCUGAUCAAGAAUGUGUUCCUGUCUCCAGUCAGUGA